UCGAUGGUUAGUGGCACUUUUGCAACUGCACUACCUGCUCGGAGCUACGAAAGCAUAGCACCGCAAUUCUGAAAUCUCAUUGAGAUAGACUAAGUGGUCCAGAAGCGAUGGGUGUACAGGAGUGGACCGUGAAGGAGGCAUAUUACCCUUCAAAAUGUAGUCUGGGGGAAGGACCGUAUUACACUCCAGAACGCCAUGAGCUUCGAUACAUGGACAUAAACAACAAGAAAUUGUACAUCAUUGAUCUGGCCAAAGGCCCCGAUUCGACUCGGAUCAUCGACACGAAGCAGCCGCUUGGAGUGACAGCGAAUAUCGAAGGCGUUGACUCUUCGGAGGUCAUCCUGACCGGUGCAAAGGAUGGUAUCACCAAGUUCAACUUGAAGACUGGCGAGCACGAAUAUGUCGCCAAGUACUGGCAAGGUUCUGACGCUGAGGACAAGAUGAGAAGGAUGCGAUCCAAUGAUGGCGCGGUCGACACACAAGGACGCUUCUGGGUCGAAGCUUUUGUUGAUCCCGAAAUUGCUGAACCGACUGAAGAAGGUUGUUUGUUCCGACUCGACCCCGAUGGCAAGCUGCGCACUAUUCACGACAAAAUGACCAUCCCCAACGGCAUCACAUGGAAUGCCAGCGACAACAAGAUGUUCCUGACAGACUCACCGCCCCAAAACGUGUACGAGUUUGAUUACGACCCCAAGACCGGAGAUAUUUCCAACAAGAGGACCUUCUUCCACUUAGACGAGAAGGGAGUCAACCCCGAUGGGCAUGCCAUGGAUGUCGAGGGCAACAUUUGGCACGCUUGUUAUGGCGGAUGGAAAGUCAUUCGAAUCUCUCCUCAAGGACAAGUGACCGGGAUCAUUCACCUUCCCACCCGCAACAUCACUUGCCCAACCUUUGCUGGCACGGAGAUGUUCAUCACUAGUGCGAAGGAGGCUGAACCAGAAAAAUAUCCCGAAUCCGCCAAAUUUGCUGGAAACUUGUUCAGAGUGGACGUCGGUGUGAAGGGCAUGCCGAAGUACCGUGCUCGUCUGCCCUAGAUGGGUGUCGUAUUUUUCUAGAGACCUGGAUGUGUUCCCAGGUCGGAGGUAUCAGGAAAUUAAAUAUUGAAACUUGGACGUCAAGGGAUCGUUCCUCCGGCGUCGGUCCCCAGACUAUAUGAAAAUAUACGUACGCUGUGUUGGGAUCUAGCUGCGCAAGGGUGUUCAUGCUAGUCACUCGUUUACUGAACUCAGGGUCGAUGGUGCUGCGG